AUGAAACAAACACUCACCAUCCUCUCCAUCGCGCUCUUACACCUCAUCUACGCACUACCAAUCCCCCUAUUCGGUCUCCCCGCACCCCAAACAAUCACAAUAAGAUUCAACACGCCCACCGAAGACACAUUUACAAGAUCAAUCCCCCUUUCGAAAGAUAUAACAACAGACACCGAAAUGGCGAACAUGAAAAUCUCAUCAAUCAUGGUUCCACCACAAAUAACAUGUAAUUUCAGUCGAUCAACAGGAGGAGUGAUCGUAGGGGGUUCGGGACCAGAAGUCAAAGUGCCGCAUCUGGUGCAGGUUGUACCACCGGAGGUGUUGAGCCAUGUACAGUGUUGGCCUGCGUGA